AUGGGAACAACAUCUGUCCGCCGCAAUCUUUUUCACCACCAUCUCAGCAAACGCUCUGUAUCGGCAGCUCCCCCCAAUGCAUCAAUGCAAAGUGGGACACACAGCGGACUGCCCAGUCUAUCCUCCCAUGCUAUGUCAUCUGCGUCAUCUGAAUCGACACAGUCGCUGGGCUCUGGUAUGGGAGAUGGUGGGGAGAUCGUGGUUAAGGAUAAAAAUGGCGAUUAUAAACUUGACAUUCCCCUUCUUCCGCCGGCUGUUGGGGGAGAGGAUGGGGACGAGAUGGAAGGCAUAGAAGCUGGAGCUACUAGGGGAUCUGGGGCUACGGGGACUGAGUCCACAGCACAGACGGAAAUUAGCGGACGCGAGAAAGAGAAAAUCGAGGCAAGUCUAGUAGAGAUGAUGUACCGGAGUCGGAACAGGCAGAUGAGCACCGAACCAGCUGAAAUUCUGAAUCUCAUCCAUCAGAGCCUUCGGAACAAAGUGGCCUCCCUGGAUGAAGAUAACUGGAUAUACGAACCAGAGCCCGAUUCGCUGUUCUAG